UUGAAGAGAAUGGUGGAUACGUAUCUGCGAGUGCAUAUCUGUCGUCAAUUCGGACAUGCAUUCACUCGAGAAUAUGACUUGACUCCACUACCCGUUCCAGUAGCAAUGCCAACCGGGAAUGAUGUGACGAAAUGCGUCGAGAUGAUUCGCAACUCGAAGAGACCUUUACUGCUCAUCGGUAGUCAGGCUCUGUUGUCCCCCAUCAAAGUGGAUCAGUUGAAAGAGACUGUUCAGGCCUUAUCAAUACCAGUAUAUUUGGGUGGUAUGGCGCGUGGAUUGUUGGGCAAUAAAAGUGACAUUCAAAUGAGAUUCAGUCGACGCGAUGCCCUCAAAGAGGCUGAUCUCGUCAUUCUUGCUGGUAUUGCGAUUGUGAUAUUAAUUUAUAGAUGGUGUCGUGGAGUUUUUGUUGGUUUCACUGUGUGUAGUGCGGGAACGAGACGAGACGCGAAGUAA